CGUCAUUUAACAUCUGAAGAAUCCGCCGGCCGAAAAUGACCUCAACAUCCGGCUUAUAACUUCUUUCUCGUGGCUGUACAAAGCUCUAAACAUCAUAUCGACGCAUUGGACUGCCAUCGUCAUGGCGGACGUCAAGGCCCAGACGCAAUCCGUUUGCCCGGUCGACCAUAAGAGCAGAGAGGCAUGGAUGUCACAAGCUCAAACGGCCGGUACGGAGGAGGGAGCACCGUCGCAAUCGCUGCCCCCGUCACAUCCACCGAUUCCGAAUGACAUAUCGAAAGCGGACGCCGAGACAUGUCCCGUAGACCAUAAAGCACGGGAAGUAUGGACGCAACAAGCCCGCGCCGCAGCUCUCUCCCCACCGUCCAUAAAUCCUCCCCACCAUCCCGCGUCGAGCUCGCCGUCCUCAUCCUGGACCACCUACCUGCCCCGCCGCAUCCCUUUCUGGUCCUCCACUCCCAACCAUCAACAACCUCAGCAACCCUCCUCCCCGCUAGCCACCAACCGCGAAAUCUCGACGAUCCCGCGGUCCUCGAAGCCGGGCGAAACGACGGACCAAAGGCCGGCGAACACGGAGCAGGAGACGGGCGCGGACCAAGCUUCGGGGAACUGGAUCUACCCGUCGGAGAAGAUGUUCUUCGAGGCCAUGAAGCGCAAGGGCCACGACCCGCGCGCCGCCGACAUGCGCACCGUCGUGCCCAUCCACAACGCCGUCAACGAGCGCGCGUGGGCCGAGAUCAAGGAGUGGGAGGAGCCUUGGGUCAGGGGGUCUGAUUGUGGCGGCCCGCGCCUGCACUCCUUCUCCGGACUAAGCACGCGUAUGUCGCCUAAGGCUCGCAUCAACACGUUUCUAGGGUACCAGGCGCCUUUCGACAGGCACGACUGGGUCGUUGACAGGUGUGGAAAGGAGAUCGAGUACAUUAUCGACUUCUACGCUGGCCGUAACGGUGGUGGAGGAGCUGGGAAGCUUUCCUUCUACCUCGACGUGCGGCCGAAGCUGAAUACCUGGGAGGGAGUCAAAAUGCGCGCUAUGCGAGCCGCUGGUUUGGUAUAGAAGGAUUUGUUAGAAUAUGAUAGUUCUUCCUGUACAUUAUGAGCAUAUGUGGCUUCAGUCCUCGUUAUAGCAAGGCGUAUCGGUGUGGGUAUAAGUAUUGGUAUAGGUAUAGAGGGA